AUGCACAAACUAUACUUCGUUGCAGAAAUUGAACUUUGCAGACUUCUGUCGAGAUGCUUGUCGUCAUUAUUUGUUUUCUCUGAGGAUCAAAGUAAUACAAUUCUGGCACCAGAAACUCUUCCAAAUCUCUUCUUAGGACUUUCAGCCCGCCACGAAAUUUGCUCGCUCAUCGGCUGGAACCCACAGGAAUCUUGUGAAAAUAUGGAAUAA